AUGAACGCUCUAGCAACGAAAAUUAUCUCCGAAAACAGCGAAUUUAGAGAAAGACACAAGCCAAAAUUAAUAGAAGCACUCCAACAAAUAUUAAAAAUGCAAAAUGUCGAAUAUUCACAAUUUUAUUUACAAAAUGUUUACAAAACACAUCAAAUGCCUAUUUUUGAUUGCUCAUUCAACAAGAAUGGUGACUUAUUUGUGACUGGUUCCUCAGACAGAACUUGCUGCAUCUGGGAAACAGAGACUGGACGAAAUAUAGCAACAUUAAAAGGACACAAUAACGUUGUAUAUAGUUGUACGUUUAAUACUCCUGUUGGAAAUCUUGUUGCUACAGCUUCUUUUGAUAAAACAGCAGGAAUAUGGGAUGUAAAAGAAGCAAAGAACUUACAUAUGCUACGAGGACAUACACAAGAGGUUGUAUCAAUCAGAUUCGAUCCAAAUUCUGCCCAAGUAGCAACAGCAAGCAUGGAUUCCACUUGUAGAAUCUGGGAUGUCGAAACAGGAGCUCUAAAACAUAUAUUAGAAGAUCAUACAGCCGAAGUUAUUGGCAUCGACUUUCAUCCUACAGAACCAAUUUUACUUACUUCUUCAUUUGACCAAACCGCGCGACUUUGGGAUACAAGAACAGGCGAUUGCAUAUCAAUACUUAGAGGACAUACAGGGGAACUUACAGGAGCAGACUUCUCUUUAGGUGGAAAUUUGGUAAUUACAGGAUCUUACGACAGAACUGCAAGAUUAUGGGAUGUACGUAUGGUGAAAAAUAUUGCAGUCCUUAAUGGCCAUAAGGAUCAAGUACUAAGUGUCUGUUUCUCCAUUGAUGGAUCAAAAAUUGCAACUUCAUCUUUAGAUAAGACUGCAGCAAUUUGGUCGAGCGUUAAUGGAAACAGAUUGGCAGUAUGCGAAGGUCACACCGAUGAAGUCGGUUCUUGUAUGUUUUCUCCUCAAGGAAAUAAAUUAUUAACUGCCUCUGACGAUACGACUUGUCGCUUGUGGGAUGCUGAAGAUGGCUCAUGUACAGAAGUUCUUGAAGGUCACACUGAUGCAGUUAUGAUGUGUUCUUUCAAUUAUGCGGGCGAUCGAAUUAUUACUGCCUCAAAGGAUAAUACUGUCCGCCAAUGGAAAGCUGGAGAAAUGAGAAUGAACGAAGAUUUCGAAUUCGGCUAUUGA